AUGAGACCCCGCAUCAAACCUCUCAACCGCCGUCCCAAAGUCACCUUCACCAAGCGCGCAUCAGAAAUGGCCGCGGCCCAGCAACAACAGCAACAACCACCACCCCCGCCGGCGGCGCAACGCCCGGGAGGCGAAAAUGACAACCCGGACGAAGACGACAACUUCGUCGACUACUCCAGCGACUCGACGACCGACCUCGCCGCGGCCACCCGGCCCCCGCACCCCGCCGUGCCGUCCCUCUUCACGGCCCCCUCCCCGCCCGUCCGCGACGCCCUCGCGACCGCCACCUCCAGGACCCAGGACGACACCGUGCAGCAGUGCGUGCCGCUGCUGGCCGCCACGGACCCGGACGUCGCCCACAACGCCCGCGGCGUCCCCGCCCUCCUCCGCGACAACCACGUCAGGUUCCUCCAGAAGCAGCUCGGCCGCUUCCCGGCCCCCUACGUCGCCGCCGACGCCAGCCGGCCCUGGUUCCUCUACUGGUCCCUCAACGCCCUGGCCCUCCUCGGCUUCGACACCGCCGUCUACCGCGACGACCUCGUCAGGACGGUGCGCACCAUGCAGAACCCCUCCGGCGGCGUCGGCGGCGGCCACGGGCAGAACUCCCACCUGGCCACCACGUACGCCGUCGUGCUCGCCCUCGCCAUCGUCGGUGGGGAGGACGCCUACGAGGUCAUCGACAGGAAGGCCAUGUGGAGAUGGAUCUGCUCUCUCAAGCAGCCCGACGGCGGCAUACAGAUGACGCUGGGCGGAGAGGUGGAUGUCAGGGGAGCAUACUGCGCAGCCGUCAUCGUCACCCUCCUGAACCUCCCUCUAGAACUAUCUACAGACUCGCCGGCGUGGACGCCUGAGCGGCCCACGAUUUGGACCGGAUUGGCGGAUUAUGUACGCAGAUGCCAAACGUUCGAGGGCGGGAUAUCGGGAAAACCGGAUGGUGAAGCGCAUGGCGCCUACGCGUUUUGCGCUCUGGGCUGCCUCUCGAUUCUGGAUACUCCGCAUCGCAUCAUUCCAAAAUACCUUGACGUGCCACGACUCAUCUCUUGGCUCUCGUCACGGCAGUACGCUCCGGAGGGUGGCUUCAGCGGGCGCACGAACAAGCUCGUCGACGGCUGCUACAGCCACUGGGUCGGUGGGUGCUGGCCACUGAUCGACGCCGUUCUGAAGGGUGCGAGCGAGCUCGACGAGCAGCAGGAGGACCAGGAUCGGCCGAGGUCUGCUGCUCCGCACCACGGCAGCCUGUACAGUCGAGAAGGACUGAUCCGGUACAUCCUGUGCUGCGGACAGGACCGGUCCAAACGCGGCGGCCUCCGUGAUAAACCGAGCAGGCCGUCCGACGCGUACCACACCUGCUACGUGCUCUCCGGACUGAGCUCGGCACAGCACCAGUGGGAUCUCACAUAUGUCAACGAAGACGAGACGAUCCUCCCGGAGCCGAAAUGGGUGGUGUCGCCGUGUGCCGAGGAGGGCGCGCAAAUAUUCGACGAGGAGGACCGCGUCGGGACGAUCCACCCCGUCUACACCAUCCCCCAAGAGAGCGUCGACGACAUGAAGGCGUAUUUCGCGGCCAAACAGGGCUUCUGA